GAAAAAAGUUUCUCAGCUACACCAUGUUUAGUAUAAUAUGGUGCAAACCAUCUUGAGUUUAGAAUUGUGUCGAAACCUACACGAUAUAUAUGAUAAAUACAUGCCACAUAUACGACGUUAAUAAAAACAUGGUGCCAACAUCAUAACGAGGUUUAAUUGAUUUUAGUUAAAAUAAUUGGGGUCAGCUCGUAAUUAAGUAAAGUUAAACUCCGACCCGAACUAAACGAAAAACCCGACCCAGACUUAACCAAUUCUCUCCCCCAAAUCGAUUUCAAUCAGCAAUUUAGGGUUCAUCGUUCUUCAAAACAGAGAAAGAGAGAAAGAGACAGAAACAGAGAAAGAGAGAUGGAAUUUGGUGGAAGAUGGAGCAAUAAGGGAAAGGGCAAGGCAAAUGAAAGCAAUGUUCUUUGUUACUGUGGGUUGGUGGCAAAGAUAUCUCAAGCUUGGACAGACAAAAAUCCGGGUCGAAGGUUCUAUGGGUGUGAAAAAUUCAAGAGUGGAGGUGAAUGCGGGUUCUUUCAAUGGUUCGAUGAGGGAGAAGCUUUUGGAUGGCAAAAGAAAGCUUUGAUUGAAGCUAGAAACGAAAUUCGCCAGAAGGACAAGACUAUUAUGGGAUUGAAGAAGACCAUUUCGAUGCUUCAAAGUGAAUUGGCCAAAAAUGCGGAAGUGGAAGAAGACAUCAUUAACGCCUUUCUCAAGCUCUAAAGACAUGCUCAUUAUCUUUAAAAACCUUUGUAAUGUUGUUGUUGUAAUGCUUAACUAUGUAAUGGUUUGACAAUGUUUGGAAAUCAACUUCAUUUAGCAAUAAAAAAAAGAGUUUGAACUCAUUGCUUUAACAUCCAAAAUAGGUGAUCAUACAUAACAAGAGAGACAUCAACACUAGUUUAACAUCCAAAACACACAUAUCCGCUGAGAGAAAGGUCAUAUCCAAAGACCAAAGAAGACAUCAAAAGCGGAAAAAAAGACAUCCGAGAAAAGAAAAAGA